GAAAGCCCACUUGGCAGCUAAUUGACUUUUCAGGCAGGAAGUUCUUUGUAAAUUCUCCCUCAAAAAGGUUUUCUUUUGUUUGUAUCUUGGUAGCAAUUCUAAAGUUUUCAGGAUUUGGACUCUGGUAUUAUAAUCGUGAAGUGGUCUGUUUUUUCAUCUAAUGAGCUCUGCCUGUUUGUGGAUGUGACACAGCAGUGGAAGGAAGCCAAGAGCCUAUAGUAGUGAUCCUGGGGCAAAUUUAAGCAGCUGUGGCCAUGUAACUUAAAACCUCUGCGAAGUGUGCUGCAACCCGUGCACGCCGUUAGUAUAACAUGAGGGUUGGAUGUAGCCUGUUCUCCGGAGGACUUCCUCGCCUGCUGCAAGAAAGAGAGGAUUGAAGGACAAACCUGGGUGCAGACGGAAAGGUCCAAACAGAAGAGCUUGUGGCAUCCAUUCCCUAAAUUCAGGGACUCCACUGUACCUCAGCUGUGUCUCACUGUUCCUGAAUUUUAUUAGUAGGAAUACUUUCAUUGUUCCAGCUGUCGCACGGAGUAAUUGGGGCCAGCUGGCUGUCAGAAUGCGUGUGGUUGCCGUGGUAAUCCUUCUCUUCUUUUGCAAAGCUGCUGAGCUCCGCAAGACGAGCCCUGGGGGUGCGAGAAGCCUAGUGAGUCACCGCCCAGCGGGUGGGGGCCGGCGAGGCUCCAACCCAGUCAAACGCAAUGCACCAGGCCUUGCCUGCGAAGUGUACACCUACCUUCGUGAGAAAUACUUAGAUUGUCAAGAAAGAAAACUGGUUUAUGUGCUACCUGGCUGGCCUCAGGAUUUGCUGCACAUGCUGUUAGCCAGAAACAAGAUCCGCAUAUUGAAGAACAACAUGUUUUCCAAGUUUAAAAAGCUGAAAAGCCUGGAUCUGCAACAGAAUGAAAUCUCCAAAAUUGAGAGCGAGGCUUUCUUUGGUUUAAACAAACUUACCACUCUUUUGCUGCAGCACAAUCAGGUCAAAGUCUUGACGGAGGAAGUGUUCAUUUAUACACCUAUCCUGAACUACCUGCGUCUUUAUGACAACCCCUGGCACUGUACUUGUGAGAUAGAAACACUCAUUUCAAUGUUGCAGAUUCCAAGGAACCGAAAUUUGGGGAACUACGCCAAGUGCGAAAGUCCACAAGAACUAAAAAAUAAAAAACUGCGGCAGAUAAAAUCUGAAGAGUUGUGUAAUGAAGAAGAAAAGGAACAAUUGGACCCGAAAUCCCAAGUGUCAGGGAGACCCCCAGUCAUCAAGCCUGAGGUGGACUCCUCCCUCUGCCACAACUAUGUGUUUCCCAUACAAACGCUGGACUGCAGAAGGAAAGAGUUGAAGAAAGUUCCAAACAACAUCCCUCCAGAUAUUGUUAAACUUGACUUGUCAUACAAUAAAAUCAACCAACUUCGACCCAAGGAGUUUGAAGAUGUUCAUGAGCUAAAAAAAUUAAACCUCAGCAGCAAUGGCAUUGAAUUCAUAGAUCCUGCUGCUUUUUUAGGGCUCACACAUUUAGAAGAGUUAGAUUUAUCAAACAACAGUCUGCAAAACUUUGACUAUGGAGUAUUAGAAGACUUGUAUUUUUUGAAACUCUUGUGGCUCAGAGAUAACCCUUGGAGAUGUGACUACAACAUCCACUACCUCUACUACUGGCUAAAGCACCACUACAAUGUGCACUAUAACGGCCUGGAAUGCAAAGUGCCUGAAGAAUACAAAGGGUGGUUUGUGGGAAAAUAUGUUCGGAGUUAUUAUGAAGAAUGCCCCAAAGACAAAUUACCAGCAUACCCUGAAACAUUUGAUCAGGAUCUGGAAGAUGAUGAAUGGGAAAAAAUACAUAGAGAUCACACAGCAAAGAAACAAAGUGUAAGAAUAACUAUCGUGGGAUAACUUAGAAGUUGUUCUGGUUGCAACUAGUUUUGUAUUUUCUAUACUGGUAUCAGAAACCAUAUGUUUACAUUUUGAUUAACUGGGUGGGUUGCCUAUUUAUGCAGGAUUAUCGAGCUGUUUGCAGAAUGGCCUUUGAUGACUAUUUCACACUAGUAAACUGCAGAAGUUGGGUCCUAACGAUGGCAUUAGAAUUUCAUAAUGUCCUGUAUAAAUAUUUUUACUGCUUUUGAAAAUUAAAAAAAAAAAAAUUUUUAUAUGCCCCUCAAUAGCUGCUUGUAGAUACCUAAAGAUGAUCAAAAUGAAAAGAUACAACUGCUUAGUAAUAAAAAUAUCAUUCUUUCCCUUUU